GCCAGCCUCGAAACUAUCACCCGUGGUAGAGAACGGUGUAAGAAGUGUGGAGAACGAGCAAUCAUGACACAUCGUCCCGAAAAACGUACUCGAAAAGGCAAAGCAACCGGUCAUGCUGGACCCUCACAACCCCCUCCCUCUUCUAGACUCUUUGCCCCUUUCCGUGCCCUUGGCCAUGUAUCCAAUCAUGUUCCCUUCUCCAUGUUCGUUCAUUCAUCUAGGGGAGCGUUGGCGAAACCAAGUGUGAACAUCGUCACUUCCAUUGGACGGAGCUGGAUGAUGUGGGAAGCUGGACGUAUGGGUUUGUUGUUCGUCGGACCAGAUUCAGGGGAACAGAUCACCAGUUUGGCGCAGACGGGAACGGACGUGUAUGCUGCGUGUGGUAAUGGAGUGACCAGGUAUUUGAGAGGGAAGGCGGUUGGGAGGUAUGAAAGUGGAGGCGAUAAAGUGGGAAAGAUUUUGAUAUUUGGUGAACAGCUUGUGGGACUGACUGAGGAUGGAGGGGGGUUGUUGAUUUGGGAUAUUCAAAGUAAAGAGCUGGUCAACAAAAUCCAAUUUCCUCCGACAUUCAAAGCUACAGUACUACUUCAUCCCGCAACAUACCUCAACAAAAUCUUGAUAGGUGACUCUCAAGGUCAAUUAGCACUCUAUAACACCCGAACAUGCUCACUGAUACACAACUUUACUCCAACAUCAUCCCCCAUCACAGCUUUAGUCCAAUCGCCGGCAAUCGAUGUUGUCGGUGUAGGCCACUUGGACGGCACGGUAGACAUAUAUGACAUACGUGAAGGAGAGUCCAUAAUGCAAAUGAAAAUGGACGAUGGUGGGAUUUCUGCUUUGUCUUUCCGUAUGGAUGGUGUGCCCGUUCUGGCUGCUGGUUCUACCUCAGGUUCUGUCGCUUUGUGGGAUUUGAGCAAAGAAGGUAGGAUAUUACAUGUCCUCCGAGGUGCGCAUGAGCAGAGCGUCGGAGCCUUGGAAUGGGUCCCAGGACAACCUCUGUUCAUUACGUCUAGUGGAGACAAUACUGUCAAACAAUGGCUGUGCGAUUCUCCAGACUCCCCUCCUCGGCUUCUCAAACAUCGUGGCGGACAUCAUUCCCCUCCCACUUUGAUCCGAUAUUACGGUACUGACGGCAAACAAAUCCUCACUUCCGGUCGAGAUCGUUCAUUGAGAUAUACAAGCGUAGUCCGUGAUUCUCGCAGUCACGAACUAUCUCAAGGUCAAUCCUUCCAUAAACGUUCCAAAGCAUUGGGAAUGUCCGUUUCAGAGCUCAAAUUGGCUCCGAUAACUGCGUUGUCGAGUUGUUCCAUAAGAUCAAAAGACUGGGACGAUGUAUUGACUGCACAUCAGGAUGAGCCAGGGGCAAGGACAUGGAAAGUUUUGGAUAAGAAGAUGGGAGGACAUUUGUUAGAGGUAGAUGAUGGUGUUGUACAGGCGGUAUGUGUCUCCGCAUGUGGAAACUUUGGUAUCAUCGGUUCUUCAACUGGGGAAAUCAAAAUGUGGAAUAUGCAAUCUGGCAAGCAUCGUCGGACGUACCAUUUGAAUGGACUUUUAGGCACUGGGACUUCGAAAGUCACAAAAAAGUCAAAAGGGGAGACGUUGAGGCAACAAGGAGCGGCUAUAACGGGUCUGGCGACGGAUGCACUCAAUACUGUUGUCGUGGCUAGUACAAUCGAGGGGAAGAUCUACUUCUUCGAUUUCCACACUACUAAACUCUUACAUCGACUCGCACUUCCUUCACCUAUCACCGCACUUGAUUUACAACGCGACAGUGGACUUUUAUCUGCUACAUGUGACGAUCUGAUAGUGAGGUUGGUAGAUGUUGAGACUAGACGAGUUGUGCGUGAGUUGAGGGGUUUCAAGGGUAGAAUAUUGGACACUACAUUCUCCCCCGACUCUCGAUGGCUCAUCGCAGCAUCCCUCGAUUCUGCCAUCCGAACAUUCGACAUACCCACCGGUCGUUUAAUCGAUGCUUUUCAAGUUCCCUCCAUCCCUACUUCUCUUACUUUUUCUCCAACCGGCGAUUUCCUCGCCACCUCACAUGUCGAUUCACUAGGAGUACAUCUUUGGGCUAAUCGUGCUCAAUUCACUGAUGUACCUCUCAAGGCGAUUGACGAGGAAGCCGAGUUGAUACAGAGUAAUUUACCUUCUGUAAGGGAUGAUACUUCUUCAGGUCUGGAAGAUUUGGUAGGUUUCUCAGGAGAAGUGGGGUUGCCUGAAUUUGUGGAUAGUUACGAAACUCCCGAACAGUUGGAAGAUGGGUUGGUGACUUUGUCUUUGAUGCCGAGAUCGAGGUGGCAGACUUUGUUAAAUUUAGAUACUAUCAGGGAACGUAAUAAACCCAAAGUGCCACCUAAAGCUCCUGAAAAAGCACCGUUCUUCUUACCCACUGUGUCAGGUUUGGAAACGCGGUUCGACCUAUCAACUCAGAUAGAAGGGGAGAAGGUUGAACGUAUAGGUGGACUGGGCGGUUUCAGUGGACACGGUGGUUUAGGAGGACUGUUGGAAUCGGAGUUUACUAAGAGGUUGGAGGCUGAUGGGGGAGAUUAUACUUCAUUCUUCACGUACCUCAAAUCCCUUUCACCAUCUAAUGCAGAUCUGGAAAUCCGAUCAUUAUCUUCCCUUUCCCAUCUCUCCAUCCUCCUCACCGCUCUGACGGCUCGUUUGGCCUCUAAGAAAGAUUACGAAGCAGUGCAUGCUUUCACAGCGGUGUUCUUACAAAUACAUGGGGAUGUGUUGGUGGGUAACUCAGAAUUAUUAGAAGGAUUGGUAAAAUUACGUGAGGCUCAGAGAGAAGCGGGGAAGAGAAUUGGGGAAAUGUUGGGUUAUGCUCAAGGUACUUUAACGUUUUUGAGAGGAGGGAUAUGA